GUUUCCCAACCAGAGACUGAGACGGGUCUGGGUCUUCGCUGCCAGGUAACCUUGUCUCCUUUCGACUGUCCAUCCGACACAGAUUUCCCAAGGCUCUUGCAAUUUGUUGCAUCCUCUAAACCUCGAAUGGCCUCAUCGCGUGGCCGCUCAGACUUCUGCACCACUACCAGAUCAAAUGGUUUCAUUAUUUCUUCUGGCGCCACUUGCAAUACUUCUGAGACAGCUGGCGUUACCAUGGCUUGCGUGCCUCGCCAACCAAAUACCGGUGACUCCUGGGAGCAUCUAGUCAGUACAGAAGUUUUAGACGUCCAUCCAUUAGACGCGGACCUUGUUCGUAGUGAGUCACUCUUUGGCUUGCUAAAUUAG